GGGCUGCCCACACCAUCAUCUGCUUCAUCCGGCAGCGAGGCUCCAGGGUUCCCUUACUUCACCGAGGACAAUAUUCGGGUCCUCUCCAGUGAGGACCCAGCUGGGGCCAUUCAUCGGAUGAAGAGGAGCCCAAACGAGGAACCAGGAGGAAGAGGUGAACAAAGAGACAAGGGGGCUCGGGGGGAGAGGGCUCGAGGCAAGAGCACAGUGGGAGCCAACAGGAAGAAGAUUGGUAAAGGAAAAGCUAAAGGAAAGGGUAAACGGUUGGGGUCUCCUGGUCCACGAGGGCCACAGGGGCCUCCAGGCCCACAAGGACCUCAGGGACCACCAGGCAUCCCCGGCAUCCCCGGGAUCCCAGGAACUCCGGCGUUCACACCUGGUCCUCCAGGUCCUCCCGGCCAGCCAGGACCUCCGGGCCAACCAGGGCCACCAGGUGUUUCAGAGAAGGCUGGAGGCAACCGUACCCCGAUGGCAGUGGUUCACCUCCAGGGACACGACUCCGUCAUUCAAGUCAAACAAGAUCUCAUAGGUGGCGUUCUGGCUGACUGGGUCCGAUCUUCACUCAACCACAAGGUUUUCCGGUUACACAGUCGGAGCGGGGAGCUGGAGGUCCUGAUGGACGGCACCUACUUCAUCUAUAGUCAGGUAGAAGUUUACUACAUUAACUUCACUGACUUUGCCAGCCAUGAGGUGCUGAUUGACCGCACUCCGUUCCUGCAGUGCACACGCAGUGUGGAGAACCGCAAGUCCAAGUUCAACACCUGCUACACGGCCGGGGUGUGUCCACUCAAGGCCAGGCAGAAGAUCACCGUCAAGAUGACGUACGAGGACACCGUGGUAAACAUGAGCAGACACACCACCUUCUUCGGAGCGGUGAGGCUGAACGAGUCACUGUAGGCACGUUGCUCAGGACGGCACAGCACUGGGAGGAAGUGUCCACGAGG